AUACGGAUCGAUUGUGUUGGUUGGGAAUUGGGAUUAAUUUCAGGAGUGGAGUCAUUUUCUUCCCUUGCCCGAUCUCUCUAUCUCAAGCUGUCAGCAAUGGCUUCCAACGGCUUCGGCGGUGGAGAAUCUUUCUCUCCUUCAGCUCCGCCCUUACCCGCCACAGAUGAGCCCUGCUUGGCCCACCCAUACCAUCCCCCAUCAGCCCUCCAUCCCCCGACGACAACUCACUCCGUUCCUAGUUACGCUCCGGAAACUUACUCCGUUCCAAGCUAUGCUCCUCCGGCAACUCCGUCUCUGCAACAGAGUAGCAGCAAUUACGGGCCGAGUCCGUCCCAUGGCUACGACUCGUACAGUGCUUUUCCUCCUGGCACUCACCCGGAUGUCAUUCGGAGCUUUCAAAUGGCGGAUUUGGAUCAUAGCGGGUUAAUUGAAGACAAGGAGCUUCUACAGGCCCUCUCUACGGGUUACCAGAAAUUCAGUCUCAGGACAAUUCGAUUGCUCAUCUCUCUCUUUAAGAACCCUAGUGAAUCUUCUCUCAGGAUCGGUGCCUUAUCUGGAGUCUGAAUUUAUUUAGUUCAUACUUCAAUUACUUCUUUAUUUUUAUUGAAUAGAUCACAUUUUCAUGUGACUACUGCUAAUUUCUUUUGGUUUUGGUGAACAGGGCCUAGGGAAUUUGCUGGUUUGUGGAGUUUGUAGAAAACUGAUAGGAAGAACACAUUGGUAUGCAGAAUAGAAUUUUUAUUGAUGUAAAAACUGUACAGGAAUAUUUGUGUUCACUAAAUAUAUAUAGAGAACAGACCAACAUGACUUUUACUAACCAACACAACUAUUACAAACCAACACACCUAUUAACAAUAGAAACUACCCAUAACUGCCUUUUAGAAACUGCCCUAUUGUUUUUUAUUUAAAUUAAUUAAAUAUGUAAAACACACUAAACGACACCACACUAA